CAGUGUUAUCCGAACCAACACACAGUCAACUUCAACUUGAGCGCAGCUGCAGAGCAUAUCAGGUUUCUGGACUGUGAGAGUCACACACCCCUUACUGAAUUACGGUAGAGCAGAGCAGCACAACUGUCCUUCACUGUCCAGGCCAAGAAAGAUGCAUCAAUACAGAGCUUGUGCCAUGAAGUGAUCACUCUAUGAACCUGCUUUCUCCGCCGACUCCUUCCCCACCCGUCUCACCUAUAAACAUGAGCUUAUGUGACAGUAUGAGAGGUUGGAGGUGGCGGGGCAGCGCUGGAGGACUCAGGACCCUCGUGGGAGUGAUGCUGCUUGGGUUCAGCAUGGCCCAGUCUGUCCCUCCUCAGACUGCCUGUGCAGCAGCUGUGACCCCGCGGAGCCUCCCCUUACCUCAGUACCAGGACACGGGAAACAACACCGGCGAGGGCUUUAUGGCAGCUCUGGUCCAGUCCUUCCUCCACACAGUCCAGCCUAACCCAUUUCCUGGAGAUCUAAUCUUGAAAAUAGUCGAUAAUGUGGAUCAAAAGUCGUCAAAUCAAGACCUCGUCAAAGAAGUCCUGGUGUAUGAAGUGGGGUUCCUGGUAUGCACAGCAAUUGGUAUCCUGUACAUCAUUCUGAUGCCCAUCGUUGGCUUCUUCUUGGCGUGCUGUCGCUGCUGUGGCAACUGUGGUGGGAAGAUGUACCAGAAGCAGACGUCCUCCAUUCACUGUCGCAGAAGAACUCUCUACUGGGGUGCAUUUGUCACCACAGUCAUUAUCCUUGCUGGGAACAUUUGCAUGUUCAGAAGUAAUGAAGCGCUAAAUGUGAGUGUGGAUCAGAGUCCAGUGAAGCUCAACACGACUCUAGACAACAUCCACACCUUCCUCACAUCUGUGCCUCAGCAACUUGACUAUGUGGUGAACGAGAGCUACAAAACUAUACAAGAAGUCACCACAAACCUUGAUGACAUUGGACGUCAGCUGGGAACAGAGAUCCAGGAGCAAUUCAACCCAACUCUGGGUCCAGCGCUGCACCCAGUUAUACGUCUGAACCAAGAGACUAGGAACACCAGUGUUCAACUUGACAAACUGAACUCGUCUUUGGCCGAGCUGCAGUCCAGCGUCAAUUCCCUCCAGGCCAAUGUUACCAUUGUUAGAAGUCGCAUCAAUGAGACUUUGUCCCACCCAGACUGUACUGGCUGUAACGUCCUAAAGUCAGAGCUACAGGCGCUAACACUGGACACCUCCAUCACUAUUCCCAGCCUGAAUGAGCUCCAGUCUGCGGUGGAUGAAAUCAUCAAAAUUAACCUCACAGCGAAAAUUGAGGAGGUGGAGAAUUAUUUCAACAGCAUCCCCCAGAGGGUGGUCAAUGACACCAAGGAUGUUGUUCAAAAUAGCAAGCAGCAGUUGGGUGACAUAAAAACCCAGAUCUCACAGGUUACCAGUAACAUCCCUGCUCUGACCAACGUGUCGGGGGCUCUGAACCAGGCGCGUGUAGAAAUCAGCAAAGUCACCCCAGAGGUUGAGAGAGCCGAGAAUAUUAGGUGGGCGCUGUGUGUUGCCCUGUGCUGUGUCGUGCUCCUGGUGGUGGUGUGUAACCUCCUGGGUCUGGUCCUGGGCCCUGCGGGUCUGAAACCCAAAGCAGACCCCACAAAGCGCUCCUGCACGGCGGAUUGUGGCGGCACCUUCCUCAUGAUGGGUGCAGGCGUCAGCUUCUUCUUCUCGUGGCUGUUCAUGAUAGUGGUGCUGCUGCUGUUCCUGCUGGGCGGGAACGUUUACACUCUGCUCUGUCGGCCCUGGAACAACGGACAGCUGCUGAAGUUCAUUGAUUCUCCAGGUUUAAUUCCAGGGAUAGAUCAGACUGUAGGAUUUAAUAACAUCAGUUUCUCUGAUGUCUAUAGAGACUGUGAGGAUAACAAGUCUCUGUGGACAACACUCCACUUGUAUGAAGAAAUAGACCUCGGAGAAUUCCUCAAUGUAUCUAAGUACACAGAGCAGAUCCGGCAGCAGUUUGAGGACACAGACAUCACUCUGUCCGCCAUCACCCUCCUAAGCCCUGAAGUUAAAAAACAACUCAGCAGCUUCUCCGCCGACGCUCAAAGUUUUGACUCCACUGCUAUCACACAGCAGGUGAACAACAUUUCCAGGAUCAAUCUGAAUACAACAGCUGAUAAACUUGAUAACUUAGCUUCCGUUCAAACAAACACUGAUAUUCAAAAAGAUCUCCAAACACAAGCCAGUGACCUGAGGCAGAUCCAGACCAGCAUAGACACAACCAUCAUCCCACAAGUGGAAAACCUGAACUCGACCAUCAAGGGCCUUCAAUCCAACAUAGAAAAAAUCAAUGGAACAGUGGGGGAGGUGCUGAGCAACGUGGGAGCAGCACAAGACUUCCUCAACACAAAUACGACACAGAUCGUCAAGACCGAGAGCAGAAAGUUUUUGGACUGUCAGCUGGGUUACUUCGUUGCUUACGCUGAGUGGGCCAACCUCACGAUCACACAGCAGGUGGGCCGCUGUCGGCCGGUGGCGGGCGCGUUGGACUCGCUGGAGACCAUUGUCUGCUUACGCGUGGUGGAGUCUCUGAAUGCGUUCUGGUUCAGUCUGGGCUGGUGUUUGAUCUUCUUCAUCCCCAGCAUCAUCUUUUCCAUCAAGCUUGCCAAAUACUACAGGAAAAUGAAGCACUCUGAUGUCUUUGAAGACCACAUAAUUAUGAACCACAUCCCACGGGCCCAGAUGAAAAUCACCUGAGAGGGCGGCAUAUGUGCGGCACAGCUUUAAGAGACUGCAGACAUGACUGUGGCAUCCCUUGACUAAAUCAAAGCACAUGGUGCACUCCUGCACACAUUGGGCACAUUGUCGCUCUGGUGCAAAGUGUCAAACUGAAAAACUGUGUGGGUUACCUAUUUCACCUUACCUUACUUUUUUAUAUUCCAGUUUUCACCAAGCAAAGCCACUCAUCGAGCGACCUCAGUGGUCAUACAAUAGAUUUCAUACACCAUACUCAACAUCUGUGAAUUGACCUCAGGUGGACGCAGGGCAUAAGGGAAUCUUCAGGGACCUUUUUUUUUUUUCUCAUCAUUUUAAAUAAAGAUUUAAAGCGUUUAUGUUAUUCAUUGUUUUACAUACAUGUUUCGUAUGUAUUUAAUAUGUAUGAACUGACCCUGCUGCUGGAUUCAGAGAAUAUAUAUUUCAUAUUUUAUACUGAGAAGCUGAUUUUUUGACCACAUUUAUAUAUUUAUAUAUAGUCACGUCGGUGGCAGUGCUGUCAGAGAACGUAGCAGUGUGUUACUGUGCCAACAGGAUUUUGUGAUGUGCCAGUCUCUGUCUCUCGUUUGGCAACCUUUUAACUUAAUUCUCACACUCUUGCUGCUAUGUUGGAAAUAAAAGCACAAUUUCCUGUAUGAAUCAUUAAAUGAAUACACUUUCUUUUGUGACUGAAACUAUCAGUCACCAUAUGAUUUCUAUUUAAUGCUACAACGACACUUAAGGUUUUUCAUUACUAUUUUGUUUGCAAAUGUGUUUUUGUAAAUUUAGAUUUUGACUGAUGAGAUUCUUGAUUUAAUAAUAAUGAUUUACUUCUUUUUUUACUUUGCACUACUUUGUACUCAGUAGUAGAUUGUGUUUUAGCUCUCUGAUACACUGCACUUUAUGUGGUUUAUUCAUUUCUGCAAGCUGUUGUGAAAACUACUGUGAGUAAAAAAGGUUACCGACU